CCAGUGUACACACGAAACAUUCCACAGCGGCGUUUGGUGGUGCUCUGUAUAAACACCGCCGUCCCAGUGCUGCACCGCGUGAUGUACUCAAACACCCGGCCACACACACACACACAAACAUACACCGUCCAACGUUUGGAUCGAAGAUGUAAUCAGCAAAUCGGACGGUUUACUAUGCAGCCGUUCGGCCAAUCGUUACCAACCAGACAACACUGCGUCCUGUUUACGUGUAGAUUUCCGUAACCGAUUCCGAGCACCAAGUAAACGCUACCAUCAGCGCAAGUAUCGGGGCGAGCUAGUGCGCACUCCGUGGACUAUGUAUGCACGGUGAUUUUUGUGCAGUUACAGUAUCACCACAAUGGACGACAGUUCAAGAAAUCAUCGGAUGUUGCUACUGCUCCUGCUAGCGUCAAUGUUUGGCAGCAAUGUCGGUGGACAAAAUCCGCAACUGAUGGUGAUGUCAACCACCAGCCUCGUUGAUCGUCUCACGUCGCUCGAGAACAGAUUAACGCUGCGCGAUGAAGAGCUUUCCCGGAUGCUUCAGCAGAUGCUCACCAAUCAACAGGAGAUCUUGAAGCUGCUCAAACAAGAGCCUUGCACCACUGUGGACAGCGCUCAACCUACACCCUGCACCGAAUCCUUCCCGACCGAUGGCACUCAAAAUCCGCCCGGCACAAGACGCUGUGCGAGAUAUCCACCGGCAAACAGCUCGCCCGAACAGGGCUCGUCACCCAACGCUAAUAGUGCUCCGGCCAAAAUCGUCGGAUAUCCAGAACCGCACAACUCGGACCUCUAUCCUCGGAGCUGUCGUGAAAUUCCGGACGGCAUGUCGGGUGAGGAGACGAUCUACCCGAGCGCGGGACCGACGGGACCGGGCGAACCGCUCGAGGUGUACUGCGAUCAGGACUUUGAAGAUGGCGGAUGGAUCGUGAUACAGAAUCGCUUCGACGGGUUCGUCAACUUCAACCGUAGCUGGGAAAAGUAUCGGGAUGGGUUCGGUGACAUCGGCACCGAGUACUGGAUCGGGUUGGACGAGAUCCAUCGCCUCACGGUGGCCGUACCGCACGAGAUUGCGUUCGUUGCCGAAUCGUUCCAGGGCGAACGGCGCUGGGCCCGGUACAGUCUGUUUGAGAUCGGCGGCGAGACGGACCGGUACCGGUUGGACAAGCUUGGCGUGUACUCCGGCACGCUCGGGGACGAGUUCACCUACAACAAGGGUAUGGAGUUUUCGACCUUCGACCAGGACCAUGACAAGUUCGCGAACGUGAACUGUGCGAUGCGUACGGCGGCCGGCUGGUGGCACCGUAGCUGUACCCGCAUCAACCUGAACGGCAUGUACGGGAAUGAGUCGGGCGUACGGUUCACCUACUGGCUCGAUUGGCUGCAUCUGCAAGGGCUGAAGCGUACCCGCAUCAUGAUCCGGGAGAUAAAGAAGCGCCGCAAGUAGACGGUCCCUGUUCAACCGACCGGCCGGCGCACCUUCAUCAGCUAGCCAGCGGUAGAGGCCUUAUUUACUGGAUACAAGAAAUAAACUCAAGUGGCAGCCACCCGGGCUGGUGGGACCCAGCACCGCAAUCAAAUCCUUA